CACAUAUCAUUUUACAUAGCUCUGGAGUAGGUGAAGCCUGACAGAUGCAAUGCCAGCAACGACGUUGCACAAGCAGCAAUCUCACAGGUCCUACGUCGAAGAAGGAAGACCAAAUGAUGGGUGAAGGCUAAACAUAAGGACCAUCCAACACUACACCGCUUCAAUCUUUGAGGUUAUUUUCACCUCUUCAAUCCUUCCUAUACCAGCCAUGAAGAGGUGGCAAGGGGUAGGUCAGGUGUUGUGGAUGUUGAGCGCAAGGGUGCAAGUUGUGGGAUCUAGCAAGGUAAGCUUUUGCACAAUGGCAAUGUGGAAGAAAACACACAUCUCUAUAUAUAUAUAUUUAUGGUAUCUAUAUAUAUAUUGGAUUCAGCCCCUUGCGAAUCGCCUCCUGAUGCCACUUGCCUGGACAAGCUUUUGCACUGCUGCUUAUGUCAGUAUGUUUUUGCAUUUAUUCUUUGUGUAGACGAUGUAUUAUACAAUGGAUAGAGGCUAUUCUGCUAUCGUAGCUGCUGACAAGGUCCGCAUAAUUCCCACCCUAAGAGCUUGUGGGCUAUUUUGGCUCAAAGAGUCCUGUCCCUGGCACCAGGCAGCACUAAGGCAUUUUUGUCAUCGUGCAAGAGUCAGUCAACAAGCAGCUGAAGAUCUUCACUACGCCAAGCUUUGAACCCCUCAACAAUCAUCAGAAUGGUUCGAUGUGUCACCAGCGGUCACCAUGCAACGAACGCGAGGACCAUGGCAGAGAGCAGCUCCACAGGACGUGGCACGGCAGCAGCCUCUGUGGGAGGAUCACGCACAGCCUUGGCUCGACGGUCCAACACCAGGAGCGGCGCGGGAGCAAAUUCAGGGGCAAACAGCGGUGGGCGCAAGGCCUCUGGAGGAGGUGGCAUUUUGAAGUUCUAUUCGGACGACUCUCCUGGAUUGAAAGUGGGUCCCACCACAGUACUUGUGCUUUCCUUGGUUUUCAUGGCAAUAGUGUGCUCAUUGCACAUCCUGGGCAAGUUCAGAAGUGGAUAAGGUGAUUCCAACCUCACGAAGGAAAGGGCCCAGGGCCGAACACAAGGGACCUGGACGUGCAAUGCACAAAGACACGCGACGUGGCGAACGUCACUGGUGGAAAA